ACAGAAUUUGAUAAUAUAUAUACGACUGGAUAGAGGAAGUCUUUCUCUACAAACCUACAUAUAUCCCGUUCUAUAGUCAAAUCCUUAUAGUCGCCUUUAUUCUUAUUAUAUGAUUUGAUUUUGUCCUUAAUGAUAAUGGCAAAUAAACUUCUAAUGAAUCCUUUUUUUAUGUCUAGAUACUUUUGAAAAGUCUUCAAAGGAAUCGCCGUCUGAUCAAUUAGAUGGAAAUCAUUUGAACAAAAGCUUUGUUCCUGUUGCUCGUUGGCGACCUAAAUCUACAAAGAAUGAUAAUAAAAAACCUGAAUGUCUUUGGAUAAAUCGUAUUGAUUCAUAUUCAACAAUGUUUGAAGCUACAAACUAUGUUGAUUCUGUCAAAAAUGUUUUACCAUGCAAUGAGAAUGAUGCAGCAAAUUUAUCAAAAUAUGAGUACGAAAUUGAUAUGCUCGUCAUCAUUAACUUUCUUCUGCUUUAUGGAAUUUUUAUUAUCUCUGGUUUAACCAGUGCACAAAAACAAACAAAAUCAUGUGAAGUAUGCAUUAUUGAUUCAUUUUGUACAGAUGAUACAAUCUAUUUUAAUAUUUCAAUAUCAAAAUAUUGUCAAAAUCCUUUGAAAACAUCUUUUACGCACUAUACAGAUAUUGAUUCAAAACCUCAUCAUAUUAAUCAAAUAAUUACUUGUAACAAUUGCCACAUAAAUAUUCCAAUAGAAUCUGUUCACGAUGCUUGGGAUUAUACAUUAAGACUUGUAUUUCCUGAAUCAUCCAAAACUUGUCCGACACAAUAUACUGCUCAUUGUGGAGGAACAGUAUCAUACUUAGUUUGGUUUAUUACAGGUGGUCUUUCAGCUUUAUUCAUUAUACUUGGUGGUCUACUAUGUUGUAUAAAACAUGAACGUAAUCGUAAAACAUCUUGUUCAAGAAAAGGUUAA